ACUAGGGCUCUGCCGUACAUGGUGGUUGAAUAAAGACGAGCAGCAGAAAGUUUACGGCUCGUGAAACUCUCAGAAUGAAUGGAACCGCGUACUCCAACUUUGACAACCAAGAACACGUCUUGAAACUCGGAGAGACGUUCGAGAAACACCCUAAAAGCGGAUUCCACACGGUGCGAUAUGACUUCAAACCAGCCUCCAUUGACACAACAUGUGAGGGGGAGCUUGAAGUGGGCAAAGGAGAGCAAGUCACUAUAACUCUACCCAACCUAGAGGGCUCAAGUGCUCCAGUAACGGUCUUCAAGGGCUCCAAGAGGCCGUACAUGAAGGAAUGCAUCCUCAUCGUGAACCACGACACCGGAGAGUACCGGCUGGAGAAGCUCAACAGCAACAUCGCCGUGAAGAAGACCAGGGCCGAAGGCAGCAGUAAGAUCCACUCUCGCCUGGAGCCACAGACCGGCCGCCUGGAGCCACAGACCGGCCGCCUGGAGCCACAGACCGGCCGCCUGGAGCCACAGACCGGCCGCCUGGAGCCACAGACCGGCCGCCUGGAGCAACAGACCGGCCGCCUGGAGCCACAGACCGGCCGCCUGGAGCCACAGACCGGCCGCCUGGGCCAGCCGCCGGUGAAGGUCUCCAGCUGCACCAGCAGCACCAGCAAGACCUCCACCGGCUCCAAGAGCCCGCCCCCCAAAGACAAGAUGUCUCCGGCGUCUCCCAUGGACGACAUCGAGAGAGAGCUGAUGGCGGAGGCCCGCGUCAUGGACCAGCUGAGCAGCGGCGACAGCUCCUCCGACUCCAACAGCUCCUCGUCCUCCAGCAGCGGCGACAGCUCCAGCAGCGACUCUGAAGACGAACGGGCUUCUGCUGCGGCUCCGCCCCCGCUCCAGGCCCCGGCUCCGCCCCUGGCCCCGCCCCCCAUCCCGGUUUCGGCCAACAGCAUGUCUAUCUUCCCCACCACCAGAGGCAGUACCAACAGCCGCCACCAGGAGAGCGGAGGAGGCCUCAUGAACACUCUGAAGAGCGACCUCCAGCUGAGCGAGUCCGGCAGCGAGAGCGACUGAACCGAGUUCUCCGUCUCAACAACCUGCACAUUCAACGUCCCGCUUCCUGCUUUGCGAUCUCUUGUUUUUCUGGGUUUGCCUCGACCAAUCGGAGGCCAGCGUUCGUGAAGCGUAUGUUUUAUGUUUCUGUGUUUCAGCUUUACGUUGUGCCUUAAGAGAGACGAGCUGCAUCAGUUUGUGGUUUACAGAACGUGAACCUUUUUGUUUAGUCUGACGAGAGGACAACAACAACAACAACAACAACAACCUGUUUGUUUAAUGGAACCAGCUGACAGUUAGCAACAUGUUUAAAAUAGUCACUCUUUUUUUUCUUUCUUUUAGCUUCCAACCUGAUAGAUAUCUGAAAGAAGAGGAAAUGUUCUGCAGCUCCUUAAAGGGACAGUACGUGAUUAUAGGAUGAGGUACUUCUACACAGUCGUUGUAUUAGUACAUUAGACUCCUGAACAAAUGAAUAUCAGCUUAAAUUAACGUUAGAUUUAUAAUAUCUUCACCUCUUUAUCUUCCUGAUGAUCAUCAGGAAGAUAAAGAGGUGAAGAUAUUAUAAAUAUAGUCACUUGUUUUGGCCUUAUUGUAAUUAAGACCCCAGCUACACUAGUGAGGAGCGCUGUCCCUUUAAGGGCACAGCUGUGAGGAGCGCUGUCCCUUUAAGGGCACAGCUGUGAGGAGCGCUGUCCCUUUAAGGGCACAGCUGGUGAUCAGUGAUAUUGAUCUUUGUGAUAUUUCAGUUCAUGUCUCAUGAAGCUCUGCGAUUUGUAGCUUUAAACCUGCAAUACUUGAAUCAAAUUAUUUAUAUUUAGAAAUAUACUCAACCAACGGUGAAUUGCUUAAUAUAUUUGAUAUAUAAAAAUAAUGUUAUUUAUAUAUAUAUAUAUAUAUAUAUAUAUAUAUAUAUAUAUAUAUAUAUAUAUAUAUAUAUAUAUUAAUAUUAAUAGCCAAGCAUCUCGAUGUGAGUGAACUCAAUGUGCCUUUUUGUCCGCUCGAACACGGAUCCACUUCCUGUUUCCUGUGGAGCCGCCGCCGUGUUUUAGCCUGCAGGACGGCGGUUGACUGCUAUUGGUCGAGAAAUAAAGAUUUUAAAUAAU